CAGAAUUAUCAAUUAACUUUCAAUUUUGUUCUUCCUUUUCAUUUCGUUUUCUCUCACUUCAUGUGUUUUCCAAUCUAGGGUCCCAUUAAUCCAUUAUGAACUCCGAAAUUAAGUUCCGUUCGGAUUUCUCAGUCUAGCUAAUGCCAGCAAGAAUUUUCAGUCAAUUACACUUCCUACUCACUUCCUACUCAUUUGACGUGGCAAGGUUUUGGAUGAACAAUUAAAAUGUUUGUUAAGUUUAUCCAUGAAAGUUCGAUCCAGAUAGGAUUAGUAUUAAUACCACGGUUUCGACAUCCCAAUCCACUUCAUCCACUUUCGGGAUUUAGGAAUGUGAAAUAAUAGGGAUUCAAAUCCCAGUUUUAUUCGAUUUCCAUAUCCUAAUAAUGGAUAAACUCUACUUUUCAUAAUACAAGCCGGGUUCCCCUAUAAAUAACCCUACAUAGCCUCACCUGCAUAGCUAAUUUCAUUCGACUUUCUGAGUUUUAAUCGAGUUCGAAGAGGGGUAGAGAUGGCUGGGGGAGGUAUAGCUCCAUCUGGUGGAAAAAAUUACCCCGGUAAAUUCACAAAGAGGGUUUUCAUAACAUGUCUUGUCGCAGCGUUUGGAGGUUUAAUUUUCGGUUAUGAUCUUGGAGUUUCAGGCGGAGUAACGUCCAUGGACGUAUUUUUGAAGGAGUUCUUUCCGAAAGUCUACUUGCAGCAGUCUUCCGCCUCUGUUUCUACUAAUCAGUACUGUAAAUUCGACAGUGAAACAUUGACGCUCUUUACGUCGUCUCUAUAUUUGGCCGCUCUGGUUUCAUGCCUCUGUGCCUCCACUAUAACUAGAGUCUUAGGUAGGAGGGUCACAAUGCUUGCCGGUGGACUUCUUUUCCUAUUCGGUGCACUUCUCAAUGCCUUCGCUCACUCCGUCGGGAUGCUUAUUGCUGGUCGCCUAUUCCUUGGUUUCGGCAUUGGAUUUGCCAAUCAGGCUGUGCCGAUCUAUCUAUCUGAGACAGCACCAUACAGAUUCCGCGGUGGACUCAACAUGAUGUUCCAGUUGGCAAUUACAAUUGGAAUUCUUGUUGCUGGUUUGGCCAACUAUUUGUUCGACUUGAAGUAUAAAAACCAUGGAAAUCUAGCCUGGCGUUUGAGUUUGGGCGGCGCUGCAGUCCCUGCUGUGUUUAUCAUAUUGGGAUCAUUCUUCCUCCCUGACACACCAAACUCUUUGAUUGAGCGUGGCAAGCAUGAGGAAGCAAAAGCCCAACUCCUCAAGCUCCGUGGUAUUGAUAACGUCGACGAGGAGUUCAACGAUUUGGUGGACGCUAGUGAGGCUGCUAAGCUAGUCAAACAUCCAUGGUCGACACUAUUGACAAGAAAAUACAGGCCCCAGCUUGUAUUCGCCAUCUGCAUUCCUGCUUUCCAGCAACUCACUGGCAUGAAUGUGAUCACUUUCUAUGCUCCUGUCUUGUUCAAAACUGUAGGAUUCGGAAGCAGUGCUUCUCUCGCUUCUGCUCUGAUCACUAAUGGGGUUAAUUUUUUGGCAACUUUUGUUUCAAUUGGUCUUGUUGACAAGUUUGGAAGAAGGGUCCUUUUCUUGGAGGGUGGUGUGCAGAUGGUCAUAACUCAGGUCGUAGUUGGAGUUGCAAUGGCUUGGAAAUUUGGUACUAGUGGCAACCCUGGUGAACUAUCCAAGGGUUUUGCUGCAACUCUGGUGACCUUAAUCUGCAUCUAUGUUGCUGGAUUUGCUUGGUCCUGGGGACCUCUAGGAUGGUUGGUACCAAGUGAAAUUUUCCCGCUGGAAGUUAGGUCAGCUGCUCAGGCCAUCAAUGUCUCUGUCAACAUGAUCUUCACCUUUGCCAUAGCCCAAGUGUUCACUGCGAUGCUCUGCCACAUGAAGUUUGGAUUGUUCUUCUUCUUCUCUUUCUUCUUGUUCGUGAUGAGUUGCUUCAUCUUCAAGUAUCUGCCGGAGACCAAGGGGGUUCCCAUCGAAGAGAUGGGGAGGGUGUGGGAGCAGCACCCUUUUUGGCGCAAGUAUGUGGUUCAAGACAAAGGCAUAGCGAUGAGCAAGGCGGCGCAGAAUGUCUGACCUAGCUAACUUUUUUUUUGUAAGCUUUUGCAAUCUUUUUACUUUCUACGUACGAACGUUGAGGUUUACUUUCCGUGGUUUUAGUAUAUUUUGUUCCAUAUUGGGAUUUUUGUUGCUGGUUUUCUUUAAUUAGGUCAUUCUCAAGUUGUGAAAAGUUAAUACAGUCUUAUCUUA